AUGAAAGCAACUGUAGCGUCGGUGAAGCUCGAUAUCCUUAUGGGUGUGGUAUCCGGAUGCCACGGUGAUAAUUUCCCUGUCUGCAUGUCGACACUACACAACAUUGCACGGCUGGCAAAACAUUCGCAUGUGUGGAGAGAGGAUCAUUUAAAGAAGCUUCAUCAGCUAAAAUCAAGAGUUUCAUCGAAUCCGAAGACGUAUCAACAGUAUUUGGACGUUCUCGUAGGAUUGACAAAGAGAGCUCGUCCGGGCCUGAUCAUGGGAUUAUAUGAAACACUGAGCGAACUAGGAAACCUUGGGCAGAGUGAGUGCAUGGAAAUGCGUAUUCGUUUCUUACAAAUGAGUUGCAACAUUCUUUGUCGACUCUAUCGAACUCUUGGCCGUUUCCUGUGCUGUAGUGAGGUGGCACCGGAACAAGUUCUAUCUCUAUUGGACAGUAUACUGAAAAUUCCCAUAAGCCAUGCAAACAUAACUCAACUGAUAGAGUUCUGCUGCCAAAUAGCAAGUCGUCUACCAUUUGUGGUACCGAAACUACAUCACUGGGCGAGAAGCGUCGUUGUCAAAGAGAGUCGACUAUCCAGCACUGCUUUAGCGUAUCUACUGUUGGCACCGUCGAUUCAUCUCCCGGAUGACAUAGACGCAUUAAUGAAAGGAACCGAUCUUGAUCGAUACGUCAUCGCUCGAGUUGCAUUUCGAAAUGGUCACUGGAGGAGAGCAGCAUUACCAAAUCUGGAAGCUAUCUGUACUGAUAGACUCUCACUUGAAAACUGCGAAUGGAUUCAAGCCCUGCAGAGUUUGGCUGCCAGUCAACUGAGCGAAUUCUCUGUUGCAGCGUUGUUUGAACAGAAUAAACACUUAUAUAGGGUUCAUUCGAUUUUAAAGUCUUUGGCGCAAAGCUCUCAACAUGAUGCAGCACUGUCAUUUCCAAGCGAUUGGGUGGCUUGCCUACUGUAUUCGUCUGAUGCCGCGUUGCAAAUCGCUAGUGCAAUUAGUCCGACGUUGAAUUGGUGCAAACAUCCGCUCUCAACGGCAGUGGUUUUCCGUGUGAAGAAA